AUUGAUUCAUUAUUUGCUAUCAAUGCCUAUAACUCUUACCAUUGCUUUAUUCUCUAAGCCUCUAAUGGUUUCUCCAAUUCUUUUUCUCUUCCUUCUAUUUCUUUCUCUCUUUCACCAAGUUGCCUCCAAUCCUUUGCUCUUUGAAGGAUUCGAUGAAAACAGUGAACUCAUCCGCGAAGGAGCUUCAAUAAUUAAAACCAGUCGUUUACUUAAGCUCACAAACAGAUCAACCAACAUUGUUGGCCGUGCAUUCCACAACAAACCCUUCCAAAUGCUUAACAACACAACUCCACUUCAGCCCUAUGCUUUUUCCUUCAGCACCUCUUUUGUUUUCUCAAUUGUGUCCCCAAGUUCUGGCUCUGGUGGCUUUGGCCUAGCCUUCACCAUAGCACCCUCAACACAGUUUCCUGGGGCUGCGGCUGGUCAUUUUCUUGGUCUUGUUAACUCAACCAAUGAUGGAGAUUCCUCAAACCACAUCUUUGCAGUUGAGUUUGACACAGUGAAUGGCUACAAAGGUGAUUCAGACAGCGAAGGAAACCAUGUUGGGGUCAAUGUAAAUGGAAUGGGCUCAAAGAUUACUGAGCCAGCUGCAUAUAUUGAAGAGGGCACUGAUAGUGUGAAGGAUGAUUUUAGAAUGGCCAAGGUUGAUGCUGUCCAAGCUUGGAUAGAAUAUGAUGGUGAAAAGAGAACUCUGAAUAUAACAGUGGCUCCUUUGCCUUUACAAAAGCCUAGUAAACCACUUAUAGAGAAUUAUGGCAUUGAGCUUUAUGGUGUCAUGGAGGAAAACAUGUUUGCUGGUUUCUCAGCAUCAACAGGCCAGGAAACAAGCUCUCAUUAUCUCCUAGGGUGGAGUUUUGCAGUGAAUGGUGUUGCCCCUUCAUUGAACAUUUCCAACCUUCCAAAGCCACCACCAAAGGAGAUAGAUCCAACCUCAUUUCCUUGGGUCAAGGUUGCAAUUGGCAUCUUGUCAGGUCUGACUUUGAGCCUCUUGUGUAUUCUUUUUCUCAUGACAUUUUACAAGAGAUACAUGGAUUUUGAGGUUCUUGAAGACUGGGAGAUGGAUUGUCCACACAGGUUUAGGUACAAAGAUCUUCACCUAGCAACAAAGGGGUUCAUAGAGAGCCAGCUCAUAGGAGUUGGAGGCUUUGGUGCUGUGUACAAAGGUGUCUUACCUUCCACAGGAACUGAGGUUGCUGUUAAGAGGAUUGUGAGGAGCCCUUUCCAUGGAAUGAGAGAGUUUGCAGCUGAGAUUGAAAGCCUAGGAAGGUUGAGGCACAAGAAUUUGGUGAAUCUUCAAGGGUGGUGCAAGAAAAAGAAUGAUCUACUACUAGUCUAUGACUUCAUCUCAAAUGGUAGCCUAGAUUCCAUCCUAUAUAACCCCAUUGACAAUAGCUUUGUUUUGAAUUGGGAUCAAAGAUUCAACAUUCUCAAAGGCAUCAGUGCUGGACUAUUGUACUUGCAUGAAGAGUGGGAGCAAGUGGUGAUCCAUAGAGACGUGAAAACUAGCAACAUUUUGAUAGAUGGGAACCUGAAUGCACGUUUAGGUGACUUUGGACUUGCGAGGCUCUAUAACCAUGGUCAAGUUUCACACACAACCAAUGUGGUUGGCACUAUAGGGUACAUUGCACCAGAGUUAACUCGCACAGGGAAGGCUUCUACAAGAACUGAUGUGUAUGCAUUUGGUGUUGUGCUCCUUGAAGUGGCCGCAGGGAAGAGGCCAGUUGAUUCAGAUCAGUUUUUCUUGGUGGAGUGGGUUAUUGAGAAUUACCAUCUUGGUCAAAUUCUUGAGGUGGUUGAUCCUAAGAUGAAUUCAGUUUAUGAUGAGGAAGAGGUUGAGUUGGUUCUGAAGUUGGGUCUAUUGUGCACUCAACAUAGAGCAGAUUAUAGACCUACCAUGAAACAAGUUACGAGAUACCUGAACUUUGAUGACCCUCUCCCUGAGAUCGGUGAUUGGGGAGAUGGUGUUUCUAAUGCUAGCAGCAGAAUGAGUUCAGGUUUCUUGGAAGUCACGUCAUCUAUGAGAACUGUUGCAACAUCAGGGUAUUUAUCAUCCAUUAGCAUGAGUACCAAGUCCAUAGAUGCUGGUAGAUAGCAAAUAAUAUUAUUGUAGAGUAGACAAAAUGAAAGCAAAUUAAUAUUGUUUGAUUACAAGUUAUAGAAGUUUUUUUUUUUAUUUUAAAUCUUUUCUAUUAAAGAGAAGAUCUUAAAAGUGUUUUUCUAUUAAACAUUUUCUAUUUUCGCUGGAAUCUCUCUAAAUAUAUGGUAGUUCUUGUAUACAAUAUAUUAUUUCAUUUGUCAA